AGGCGUCAUGUGAUAUAAGUAUUAUCAGAGACUGUUUGCUUUGUGCGUUCUGGGUGUUGCAGGCUGUCACUACCACAUCAAACGGUACAUGUAUGUGACCCUUCAGACGAGGAGUAUGCAGAAAAGUGCCCAGUGCUGAUAACGAUUAAACUCUUUCUACCUGCUCUCGGGAUUCCUGCUAAUCAUGGCUCUGCAGAUGGGGUUCUUGUGUUUGGCCCUGCUGGGUCUGAGCUCGGCGCUGGUCUGUCCCAAUGGACACACAUGUCAGAACAAAAACACCUGCUGCAAGAAUACUGAGGGGGGAUACGGAUGCUGUCCGCUACCACGUGCAGAGUGCUGUUCAGACCACCUCCACUGCUGUUACGAGGGCACGCUGUGUGAUUUGGUCCAUGAGAAAUGCGUCAAUAAAACGGUUUCCCUGCCGUGGAUGACACGACUCCCGACCCAGCCUCAGCUCGAGGAGACGGUGAAGGCAGUCGUUUGUCCGGACCAGGUGUCCGAGUGUCCGGAUGACACGACUUGCUGCCAGCUUCCUGACAGCUCCUGGGGCUGCUGCCCCUUAGCCAAGGCGGUGUGUUGUGACGAUAGGCGCCACUGCUGCCCUGAGGCAACGAAGUGUGAUAUCGCUCACUUGCGGUGCGUCUCUGCCUCGCUGGAGUCUUUCCCUCUGCUGGCCAAACUACCUGCUAGAAGGAGAGGGAAUAACCCAGGUCUUACUACUUUUGUAGCUUCCAUUGGCAGUUCAAUAUCGUGCCCUGAUGGGAAACUCAGCUGCCCGACCGCUUUCACAUGCUGUCUGCUACCGAGCGGAGAGUACGGCUGCUGCCCAUACCCAAAGGCCACAUGCUGUGAGGAUCACCUUCACUGUUGCCCUGCCAACAUGGAGUGUGACCUGAAGCAUUCACGGUGUAGGCGUGGCGAGACCGUCAUGCCCCUGAUGAAGAAGAUCCCUGCUGUAGCCAGUGACAUCAGUUGUCCAGACAAGAAGUCAUUUUGUCCUGAUCACACCACAUGCUGCAAGAUGAUCAACGACACCUACGGCUGCUGCCCGAUGCCCAGUGCCAUCUGUUGUUCAGAUCGCAUCCACUGCUGCCCUGCAGGCUCAGAGUGCGACCUGUACCACAGGACCUGUGAGUCUACCCAGAGAAACCCCACCAUGACACUGGCAGAAGCUGCAACCGAGCUCCUUAAAGUCCAGAGAAAAGACCUUUCAGUCCAUUCCAUCCCCUGCAACGACUCUGUGGCCUGUGCUGACGGAAGCACCUGCUGUAAAACACUGAAAGGAGACUGGGCCUGCUGUCCGUUACCACAGGCUGUGUGCUGUGAGGACCACCUGCACUGCUGCCCCCACGGCACCAUUUGUAACCUGAAAAGCUCCACGUGCGACGACUCCACAGGUAACGCCGUGACUCCCAUGCUUGGACACGUGCCGGUAUUUCCUUUACUGGAAGACGGUAACAACAGGUGCGACAAAUCAACGACAUGUCCUGGGAAAUCCACCUGCUGCAAGACUGCGAGUGGCGGUUGGGCCUGCUGUCCGCUGCGUCAGGCUGUUUGCUGUGAUGAUCACAUCCAUUGCUGCCCUCACAGCAAAGUCUGCAACCUGGCAGCCGAAACUUGCGAUGACCCUCGGGGCUUCUCUCCGCCCGUCUCCUGGCUGACAAAGGUAGCAGCUCUGACCUUGGAGGUGGAGGAUGAGAAAUGCGAUGAGAAGACCAGAUGUCCGUGGGGCUCCACCUGCUGUAAAAUGAACUCCGGACAGUGGGCCUGCUGCCCUUUACCACAGGCUGUGUGCUGCAACGAUCACGAGCACUGCUGCCCCAAAGGCUACAAGUGCAAUGUGGCAGAGGGCACCUGUGACAAACCCGGUGGCCUCAGUGUGGCCUGGCUGCAGAAGAUCCCAGCCCUGCAGGAGGAGCUCGGCCAGACUGUUUCCCAUCCAACUCAGAACAUGUGCGACGCCCAGACCAGCUGUCCCAGAGACACGACCUGCUGCUUCAUGGAAAAGGAACACAAAUGGGGCUGCUGCCCUCUGCCGAACGCUGUCUGCUGCAAAGAUGGAAACCAUUGCUGCCCCAGCGGACACACCUGUGAGCCCCACCACUUCUCCUGCUCCAGAGGUUCCCAUGUCAUACCGUGGUUCGCCAAAGUGAGCGCUGUAACAGAGCUGGGCGCCGUGAUCGACGUUAAAUGUGACAACAAGAGCAGCUGUGCUUCAGGGACGACCUGCUGUAAGCUGAAGACCGGAAAGUGGGGCUGCUGCCCGCUGUUCAAGGCUGUUUGCUGCACUGACCACGAGCACUGCUGCCCUCAGGGCUACACCUGCAACAUGCAGACAGGAACAUGCGAGAAGCAACGACGCUACCACUACCUCAGCACCAUCCCUCAGAUCGAAGUGCUACAGUCUGUGAAGGAGGACGAGGAGGAUGUGGCGUGUGAUGGCAGGGGCGAGUUUCGCUGCUCCAAACGAGACACCUGCUGUAAGAUCUCCGCCACGGAGUGGAGCUGCUGCCCCUCCCCCAGGGCCGUCUGCUGCUUUGACUCGAAGCACUGCUGUCCUGCCGGGUACUCGUGCGACCUCAAGGCCGGAGGCUGCACCUUGCAGACCCAGCUGACCUGGGACUCGUGGUUUGGGGACCGAAAGAGAGACCCUGUCCCCCACGGACUCUAAUCCACUGAAGUGCAAUGAUGAUCUCAAUCUUUCCGUUAUGUCAUCUACUGGUGUUGUCUGUGGACAAGAAGGGCUUCUUCCCGUUUCAUUUCGUGGAGGUGCAUUCACUGAGUUUUUUGCACUCUUGCGUAUUUUUGAGUUUUGUGUGGUUGGGGGGGAUUUGGUCCACAUAUGCAGGAAAAACAUUUGUUUAAUUGUUUUUUGCCAAUGACGGAAUUUUAGUGAAGUUGAAGUAGUUUUCAAGGUGGAAGCAGGUGAAACCUAGCCUGCAUUCUGGUUGAAAAUAUUUAUUGCACUCCUUCAGAACCACUCCACAUCUAGGUUCCAGGACAGCUUUACAGUGCGUCCGUUUCAACCUGCGGUGUUAUCUGUUAAUGUCAGAUCUGAAGUUUUCUUAUAGGUAACAAACCCCAUUUCAAAAUAAACUUCAGUGAAUUCGUCUCUUUUGAAAGUCUAUUGUUUCUGCUGAUAUUUUUUCUCCCCCUUUCUUCUUCAGACAGAGUAGCUUAGCAUGAGUGAACUUAAAAUAAUGAACCCAUACAGGGAGCUUGACGCCUGCUCUCAGUUCAUUCUGUCUGAAAUUGGCUGCUUCACUCCUUUAGCUCUACGUAUCUUCUGAUUGGCUGCCCAAAACUUUAAACAACAGGUGGGUGCAGCGGGUGGAGAAUGCGCUCUUCAACCUUUUAAGAUAGAGGAGCAUGUUUUUGUACCAAGGUUGACAGUUCCUUUUGAGUUUGUGUAACAAAUCUUAUGCAUAUUUUGAUGACAUUUGUUGAUACUUUCAUGAAAGAAACUUCCUGAUCAUUAGUGUUUAAACAUGAGUGCACAGAGCUGGUCUACUUCUCUGGAAGAGAAUCAUGAAUGUACAAACUGCCUUGUGAGCAACAUUUCCUAAAUAAUCUGACUUGAACCACGUGUCUUCUCUAAAAGGCAGUUUUUUGUUAAGUCGGCAGAACGGUAUCAUCUUUCCUGAUAGUUUAUUCAUUAAAAUGGCAAAGUUGCAAAUUAACCACUUUAACAGUGAAAAACCACAAAUCUGGACAAACUAACAGGUAGCCUUUGGAAUUGUUUCCAGUGUUUCUGAAUUUAUUGAUGCAGUCGUUAAUUUGACUGUUUCAGGCUUAGAGGAUCGAGCUGUCAGAUUAGAGCUGCUGUGAUUGUGGGCACAUUUACUUUAUGGUAAAGUGGUUUUGGUGUCUGGAGACUCGAUGUUUCACUGACUCUUAAGAGUUUUAAAAAAGAAAACAUCGUACAGCAGACUGUCAAACAUUUAUUGUUGUACAUGCAAACUGAAAUGUAGGCGU